GCUGGCUGUAGUUGUGCGUGGGCUUGUCACUGUGUAGUGUCGGUACCUGGUGGCACUGUCGUUUGAGCUGAGUGCAGUUGCGGCUCAUUCCCAGUUUUCGCUGCGUGCCGCAGCCUCGCAGUCGUACCGGCGGCGUGAACUCCCAUCGCGAGCAUAGCGGUGUUGUAUGGUUGUACGACUACGCGCGUCCUGCACGGCGGUGGCGUCAUGGCACUCUCCACUCUCAAAGGACGCAACAGUAAGUUCAAUGCGGACCUCCUGAAAGACGUGGAUGCCAACGGUGAUCUUUUUGAGGCGUGGUGUAGGGCUGGUGAAAGAGAAGAAGAUGCUUUUUGUGUCGUGUGUUGCCAGACAAUCAACUGUGCGUUUCAUGGUGUGACUGCAGUGAAGCGCCACUCGCAAAGCAAAAAGCACUUGGAGCGUACGAAGCAGCUACGUGGUCCUGGUGGGAAACUUAAGCGACCAGCAGCAGUUCAAGCCGUCCUGAAUUUUUCAGCUGCGUCCACCAUUGCGUCGUAUAAUGAUCGUGUCACAGCCAGUGAAGCACUGUUCGUUCUGUCUGUCACACUAAAGGGGAUUCCUUAUAGCUGGGGAGACACAGCUACACCUCUCUACCGAGCAAUGUUUCCAGAUUCGAAGGUGGCAAAAGGCUUUUCGUGUAGCAGAAAAAAAGUGUCGUAUGUCGUGUCAGAUGGCCUUGGACCCUACUUUAAGAGCCUUGUGCUUAAAGAAGUCAACCGACCGAGUGUUUUCUACAGCAUCUGUAUAGAUGAGACACCUCUUCCGGAACAGCGCUGUCAGCAAAUGGACAUCAUUAUGCGAUACUUUUCCGAUGCCCAGAAAAUGGUGGUUGUGGAACACCUGCAGUCCUUUCGGUUAAAUAAGGCAACUGCGAACGACCUUCUAAGAUGUGUAAAUGAGGCUAUUGAGAGUGUUCCCAGUGCUGGCUUCUUUGCAUUUUUUAGUGAUGGACCAAACGUAAUGAAGUCACUAAAAAAUAAACUUAUCCAGCAGCACGGUCCCCUGAUAGAUAUUGGGGAGUGUUCCCUACAUAAGGUGCACAACGACUUCUCACGUGCCUUGGAUUCAUUCGGCAGUGAGGUCGAAACUGUCGUAAAUGAUGUGUAUUAUUACUUCAAACACUCUGCUGCACAGUGUGGCCUGCUGAAGGAGCAACAACAGGUGCUUGGAUUGCCUGAAGCCAUAUUUCUACGGCAUGUAAAUUGCCGCUGGCUGUCACUCGUGCCAGCAGUAGACAGACUGCUUGAACAGAUUGAUGCCCUGAAGAGUGUCCUUUCCGCCAAUACUCCAGUACGUGCUGGAGGCAACAUUGCCAAAAGGCUAAGGAGCAGUCUGAAUGACAAAACCCUUUGUGCCAAAGCUCUGUUUGUGAAAAAUGCUGGUGAACUUCUUACAAGGUUCCUAAAACUGUUUCAGGGAACCGAACCCCUGCUUCACAUUCUUUAUGAUGAAAUGGUGAUGCUGCUAAAAAAAUCUUGGGAAGGUUUUUAAGGACCGAAGUGUUUCAGGCAAAGUCAGGCAGUCAGCUUGCAUCCAUUGACGUUGAGUCCUCUCGGAACUGGAAACAACAUGUAGAGGUAGGAGCAGACACCGAAGAAGCUAUUAAGACCUGGACUGCUGCAGAGAAAGCUGCGUUCCGGCUAGGAGCAAGGUCGUUCUACAUUACAUGUUCGAAGUACUUGAUGGCAAAACUUCCUCUUGAGAAUCAGGUGCCUGCAUCCGAGCAAUCAUAGUGCGGAAUCUUCAAGAGACUCCUUCAGAUAUCUUGCAAAGUGUGCACCCCAGGUGGUUCAACCCGCUGGAGUUUCAUCUCUUCUUGAUGAAUUGACGGUGCUAAACUUGAACCAGUUACAUGCAGGUUCUGACAUGCCACUGGACAAAUACUGGCAUCAAGUUUUCAUCAUGAAAGAUGGUCAGGGUGGGCCAAAAUAUCCGCUAUUGUCCAAGCUAGUCAAGGCACUUCUAUCACUUCCGCAUGGCAAUGGCGAUGUUGAGCGUGGAUUUAGUGAAAACUCAAGAGUCCUGCACGACAGGUCAAAUCUUUGUCUCUCAAGCGUAAAUGGCAUACGUCACAUAAUGUCAUAUUCAAAGAGGUUUGACAGUGACCCGUGCUCAUUUCCAGUCAAUUCCGAUGUCAUCAACGCUGUCAAGGGGGCAUCAAGACGGUAUGCGGAGCGCCUUGCAGCUGAAGAGCGACCAUCAAAGCGUAUGCGUAUAGAUACAGAGCAAAGUUCACCGAAUGUGGAACUUACCAAUGACCAAGCCAAAAAGGAAGUGGCUGAGGCAGAACGGAUGAUUAAAAAUGCUGACUUGUUGAUUCAGCGGGGCAUGAAGUUGAAGAACUUCUCUGACAUCGAGAGUGGGCGAGCAGUGCUUGCUCAAGCACGAAAAAAGAUGGCCGAGUGUAUGCCACACUUGCAUGCGGAGAAAAAAGGGAAGAAAGCUUAGUGUGUUUCAUGCAAGUGACAUUCAUGUAUUGUGUACCUGCGUCUUUGUGCCAACCAGUCUUCAUAUAUUUGUGAUCCUAGGCUUUGUUAAAGCUUGCGUUAGUUGCGCCGUCAUUGAACUCAUGCGCACACUGUAUUUAAUACUUCAUUUUAUUGUAUAAUAAAAGCAUUAAAACGCCA